CAACAACCACAACCAACUAAGCUACUCGCUUCAGUCUCUUUCCUCGUGUACGUAGCGGCAGAGUGAGACCUCAGUGUAUUUAUUUUAUCUUCGAAAAGUGUCGCCUUAUUCCGCUCGGCAGGAAUUUCCUCCGCAGUAAUGGAUCCCAAACACGGGGCGAAGGUCUGCUGAAGACGGGUCACAGUGUUUGUGUGAGUACAGCACCUACAGCAGCGGCCUUCUCGUAGAAGUAAACCGAGCACAGGAUCAGUCUGCUGGAAGGCAGGAAUGCGACUCCCCCCACGGCUGAGUUCAAGAUGAGAGAGUGGUGGAUUCAUGUGGGUUUGAUCUGCAUCCCUCUGGUGGCCGUGUACCUGCACAUCCCGCCUCCUCAGCUGUCCCCUGCGCUGCAGAAGUGGCACGGUGCUGGGAAGGUCUUCCAUUUCAGAGGCUGGAAAAUCUUCUACAGAGACUCUCUCGGUGCUUUGGGAAGCUCAGAUGUCAUCAUCCUACUCCAUGGCUUCCCCACCUCCAGCUAUGACUGGAGCAAGAUCUGGGAUCCGCUCACACAACGAUUCCAUCGUGUGAUUGCGCUGGACUUCCUCGGUUUCGGCUUCAGUGAUAAACCACGGCCCCAUAAGUACUCCAUCUUCGAGCAGGCCAGUGUGGUGGAAGCCCUGGUGGCCCACUUGGGUCUGAGCAACCAGCGAGUGAACCUGGUGUCCCACGACUAUGGAGACACCGUGGCCCUGGAGCUGCUCUAUAGGAGUGACCAAAAUCGCACAGGUCGUCUGACUUUAAACAGCCUGUGUCUUUCCAAUGGAGGAUUGUUCCCAGAAACGCACCACCCACGGCUGCUGCAGAUGCUUCUGAAGGACUCGAGUUUUCUGGCUCCGAUUCUGAUGCGCCUCACUAACUUUGUGAUCUUUCAAAAAGGGAUAGGAGAGGUGUUCGGCCCAUACACGCAGCCCACGGACGCUGAGUUUUGGGACAUGUGGACGGGGUUACGCUACAAUGAUGGCAACUUAGUUUUGGACAGUAUUCUGCAAUACAUCAACCAGAGACUGAAACACAGAGAGCGCUGGGUGGGAGUGCUCACUUCCACAUAUGUCCCACUGCACAUGAUCUACGGACCCCUGGACCCCGUCAACCCCCACCCCCAGUUCAUCCGUCUUUACCAGAAGCUGGUCCAGAGGUCAACAGUCACAAUUUUGGACGAGCACAUCAGUCACUACCCUCAGCUGGAAGAUCCCACUGGCUUCUUAAAUGCAUAUUUCAAUUUUAUUCACUCUUUCUGAAAGGAAACCAAAUGCAACUGAUUGUAGAACUAUCCGAUUAAGUGUCGUACCAAAUUGAAAGACGCGCACGUGGUGCAAAGAACUAUCAUGAUUGUACCCAGAUGAAAUGCUGCAUCGAUCUUGAGAUUUAAGCAAAGCUAAUUUACCAGCACCAAUCCCUGAAAUGUUCAUUACUACCAUGGAAAAUGCAGGCUAAAAAUGAUUGUAUUUAAAUAGGUGGAGGUGAGCGAGGGAGCACGGUAAUGUCAAGUAAUUUGAAGUGGUGUUAGGGUGUGUCAUCAUUGAGUUUAUUUGUGGGACACUCUUGAUUCCUUCCAUUUUGUGUUGUCUGUCCUGCUAUCAGCUGUGAUGAAUUUUUAUAUAAUUUUCUAUAUUUCUCUCAAUGUCAGCAAGUAAAUGUCAAUUUUUCUUCAAAUAAAA